CCCCUGUUCCUCACAAUGGGUUGUUGUAUUAGUAAAUGCGGACCCGACCAGCAUUCCCUUCCUCUACCCGCGUCCAAUCACGUCGAAGACAAGCUUGUCACUUCAACUUCAAACAAAACCUCACCUUCUCCUCCUUCUCCCACUUCUUCUGCCUCUUCCUUCACUUGCCCUGCCUUUUCGAACUCCACCAUCAGCUCCGCUUCUUCCUUGUCCAGUGCGUCUUCAUCGUCCGCAUUAACCUCUAAGGACAGGUCAUUCUCCAAUGACUUCUUGUGGUCCUGUUACAAGGAUAACCCCCAUAUCGUUCGCAUCAAUUCACUCAAGGAAGCUUCUCUUUCCUUGGCUCCCACUAAAUCUCAGAUUAGCAAAACAAACCCAUCAACAGCUGCGUCCACGUUGAAGCCGCCGCAGAAGAGUGUCGGACCCUCCGUGCCGCUGAAGAGAGUGCGGUCUAGCUCCCCGGUUAAUCUGGCCAGACAGAAGAGUUUCCGGAAGGAACCAGAGAGGCCUAAUUCUCCGUGCAAUGUACCCAACAGAACACUGAGGUCACCCUCGCCGAGCCGUAGAUUUGACGGAGGUAGCAAUAAUCUCUCGAAGCGAACGAUGGGUCCAAAGGCUAAUGGCGAAGCCCAUUCUCAGUCAGUUACGUCGUUGAUGCGGAGGGAGAAUAGGCGAGCGGCGAGUCCAAACCAGAGUUUGCAGGGUUUGAGGCGGAGAGAGAAUUGCGAUUUCAAAAUAGAGGAAAGAGUGGUGAAAGAGGUGGUGGAAUCUAAGCAUGAGAUAGAGUCGGGGGCGGCCAUGAUGGAGGACAUUCACAAUCCUCUCAUAUCCUUGGACUGUUUCAUCUUCUUGUAGAUAACUCUGAGCAUGUCGUGCCCCGCUGCUGCAUAUUUCAUAUAUUCUUUUGAUGUUCAUACUUGAAAUCUGAAAGCAACAAUUUUUGGUUUUAGGGCUUGCUAUUUUUCUUUUUAAAGCAGCAAUUAUUGGUUUUAUGGAUUAAAUCGUGGAAGUUUGGAAGGUCGAUGGAGUGUGGUCUUUGCAGCUAUUAUUAUUACGAUUGGAUGCGUGCUUGUAGUGAUGGUAUACAGGGGAUGUUUGUGGGGAAGAAAAUAAUAUCAAGUGAAAGAUAU